AUACUGACAAUACGCUGGACCACGCUGGAUUCAAGGCAGAUGGCCAUGCAAUUAUUGAUAUAUUUUUCCGAUGCGUGAUUGAAGCAUUUUUUUAUUUUAUGAGCAUUAAAAGCUAAUUGUAUUUUCACUUUUUCAUCAACGAGCAUGUCAUCCAAGUCUAGAAGAAGUUUAUCAUCAUUAACAACAUGUGACAAAUGUCAGUGCACUUAUGCACAAAAGGAUGCAUCCUUACAUGAAUCAAAUUGUCCACCUUCUUUUGAAGAUUGGAACCAUAAUUUCAUUCUCAAUGAUACUUUGCAUAGUACCUUAGAAAUCUAUAAUGCUUCAGUACCAGCAAAUAUAUCCGUAAGAGACUUAAAUGAUAUGGUGUUCAUGUCACAAUCUGUGAUGCAAUUAUGCAAUGUUGCAAUAGGAGAUCCUGUUACUGUUGCAACAAAAAAUAAUAUAAUUGUCAAAAUAGCUUGGCCUACCAACGAUAAGUCAUUAUUGAGCGUUUCUUUAUCUAAGCCUACCAUUGAAUUAAAUAACUUGAAAGAUCUGAUUAAGGUACAAAAUGUGAAGCAUGAUAUAGUUGUAGCUAAAGAAUUUACUGUCAAAUGUACCGGAAAACAUGCAUUACCGCAUAUGUCUACAGAUCUAGAGAUACUUUUUAAGAACUGCAAUGAACACAAAAUAUUUUGCAUUGGAAAUAAAAUAAGUAUCCCAUACUAUGGAAGAAAAUUGACAUAUAUAAUCAUAGCAGCUUCAGUAGAUCAGAAUGAAAAUACGACAGAUACAGAUGAUGAUUUACUAUUAGCUUUUAAUUAUCUACAUUUAACUACAGAUGAAUCCUAUGUAAAAUAUUAUAAGGCUAUGUAUUCUACAAAAUGGAUCAUUCAGGAAGAUGUAUCAGUGGUUGAAGAAGAACAAAAAAAAGUAAAGUAUAAAAUAGAAGAUAUAGGAGGAUAUAAUGAUUUAAUAGCAGAUAUAAAAGAUGUAGUGGACAUUGCAUUAGGUAAAUGUAAUAUUGGUGAUUUUUUUAUCAGCAAAGGAAUUUUACUCUAUGGUACUCCUGGCGUUGGCAAAUCCACAAUUGCUAAUGCUAUUAUAUCAGAGUACAAUGUCAACUCUUUUAAUGUUCACAGUUCAGACAUUUAUAGUAAAUCUAUGGGUGAAACUGAGAGGAAGCUGAAAGAAAUUUUUGCAGAAGCAAAAGCUAAAACUCCAAGUAUAAUAUUGUUGGAAGAUAUUGAUACAUUAUGUCCAAAAAGGAGUAGCUCGAGUACAGAUCAGGAAAGAAGAGUUCUUGCUCAAAUAAUAUCACUUUUUGAUGAAUUACAGAAUACAAAAAAUAAUAUUAUUAUACUAGCUACUACAUCAAGAAUUGAAUUUGUAGAUGCAUCUUUAAGAAGACCUGGCAGAAUCGAUAAAGAAUUCGAAGUUUACGUACCUAUUCAAAGUACACGCUUCGAAAUAUUAUUUAAGUUACUUAGAAAGGUACCAAAUACUCUAUCACAAAAAGAUUUAAUAAAUAUUUCUUUUUCUACUCAUGGCUUUGUUGGUGCUGACAUAUACGGCCUGUGUUCGCAAGCAUUGAUGGCUGCCAUUAAACGUCAGCAUUCUGUUAAUGCUACUGAUAUUAGAGCAAAUGAUGAGAUAAAUAUAACAGUAGAUGACUUUAAUAAAGCUUUAACUGUAACUAAACCCUCUGCUAUGAAAGAAAUUUUAGUAGAAGUUCCAACAGUUAGAUGGUCUGAUAUAGGUGGACAAAAAGAAUUAAAAUUAAAAUUAAAACAAUCUAUUGAGUGGCCUUUGAAUCAUCCUGAAGCAUUUGCCAGAAUGGGAAUAACACCACCUAGAGGAGUACUUAUGUUUGGUCCUCCUGGUUGUUCCAAAACCAUGAUUGCUAAAGCUCUUGCUACAGAAAGCGGUGUCAAUUUUUUAAAUAUUAGGGGUCCAGAACUAUUUUCGAAAUGGGUUGGUGAAUCUGAAAAAGCUGUACGUGAAGUUUUUCGAAAAGCUCGUCAGGUUGCACCUUCUAUUAUUUUCAUAGACGAAAUCGAUGCCCUUGGAGGAGAAAGAGGAUCUUCAUUAAGUAGUAAUGGAAGUAAUGUUCAAGAACGAGUCUUGGCGCAAUUACUUACAGAAUUAGAUGGUGUUACAUCCUUAGGAAAUGUUACAUUAGUAGCAGCCACAAAUCGCCCUGAUAAAAUAGACAAGGCUCUACUUCGCCCUGGUCGUUUGGAUAGAAUAAUUUACGUGGGAUUACCAGACUGUAAAACCAGACAAGAAAUAUUUGAUAUAAAGCUUAAAAAAAUGCCAAUCGCAGAAGAUGUAAAUAUAUUGGAUUUAGUCGAGAUCACAGAAGGUUACUCUGGAGCUGAAAUCCAAGCAAUAUGUCACGAAGCAGCAAUGAACGCGCUCGAGGAGAGCUUAGAUGCUGCUAUUAUUACCAAAGAUCAUUUCAAAGUUGCACUUUCAAUAGUAACUCCAAGAACACCGAAGUCUCUUAUACAAUUAUAUGAGAACUAUAUGAAUAAAAUAUAUUAAAUAGAUUA